AUGGGUGUCAAAUCCUUCUUCGUUGCAGCCCUUGCUGCUGUCGCCGUCGCUGGCCCGAUUCCCGAUCCGCUCCAUGUCAUGAGACAGAGUGGACCCGCUGCUGGACAGGUCAUCACAAAGUGCAAUGCCCCCGGCCAAAUCGCCCUCGCAUACGACGACGGCCCAUCGCAAUUCACCCAGAAGCUCGUUGACACGCUCAACGCCGGUGGCGCAAAGGGAACCUUUUUCGUCACUGGAUCUCUCUACGGAUGCAUCUACAACCAGCGAUCUGCACUGCAAAAUGCCUACAAGUCCGGACACCAAAUUGCCUCGCACACUUGGUCGCACCCGCAAAACUUUGGAUCGCUGUCGUCCAACGACCUGACGACGCAGAUGACGCGGCUCGAGCAAGCUCUCGUCAACAUCAUUGGGGUGAAGCCCACGUACAUGCGCCCGCCGUACCUGGCCACGGGCGGCAACGUGCUGUCGACGAUGCGCAACCUGGGCUACCGCGUCAUCACGUCGGACGUGGACAGCGAAGACUGGAACGGCAAGACGCCGCAGCAGAGCCAGCAAAAGUUCCAGCAGGCCGGCACAGGCGGAAACGGCCACAUCAGUCUCAUGCACGAGACGUAUGCCUCGACCGUCAACACGCUUACCCCCUGGCUCAUCAACUGGGCCAAGAACAACGGCCUCAAGCUUGUCACGGUUGCCGAGUGCCUUGGCGACAGUGGCGGCGCCUACAAGAGCGGUACUCCCAACGGUGCUUCGUCUUGCUGAGCGAGGGCGUUGUGAGUCCAAACCUAUAUGUAUAUACACGACAUGUCAUGUCCAAAGACUUUGUCUAAACGC